GCAGGAGGGGCGAUGCUGCUCCAGCUGAGCGCCCAGUUUGAUCCUCAGAGAGAUGUGGGGCCCUGGCUUUCGGAGCAAGCUGAGCUGCUGGGAGACGCUAAUGUUGAUAUUUUGGGGAAUAACUUGGAGACACUCCACACAGUUAAUGUUGAAAGAAAUGGAAAUGUUAUUUAUACCUGGAAGGGGAUUCAGGGGCACACCUAUAUUGGAUUGUAUGAGCCCAGUAGUCAAAAGAACCAGCACUUAUAUACUUUUGAAAAGGACUUGCACAUGAUCAGCUGCUCUGUCAACAGUGAGAAGACAUUGCUGGCGGUCAGUUUUCUCCAGUCAACAACGGAAGAAAGAACAAAUCUCUCGUUUCCCCCAGCGUCUAAAUGUCUGACCUUGCUGAUUGAAAUUCACCCAGUAAAUAAUGUGAAAGUUUUAAAGGCUGUGGAUAGCUGGAUCAGAGUGCAGUUUGUUUAUCCAGUUGCAGAAACAAUUACUUCUCCAGCAAGCUACCUCUUGCUCAUUUCAGAAGAUAAAUAUAUUGAAAAAAUCGACAUCAGAGUUGUCAGAGAAGGAGACAGUGUGAUGAUAGAAAAUGCAAGCCAGCUUUCAAGACAAAGAAUUGUUGAUGAUAUUGUUUGGGCCCAGUGGGAUAUGCUGGAGCAAACACUAUUUUACAUUGCCUCAAAGGAAUCAAGGGACACACUACAUUGCGUCCAGUUUUAUCCUGAUAAAAACUUUAAACUAAUACUUGAAACACCUUUGGAUAUCAGCUUGGAUGACAUAGGAUUAAAAUCUGUGAAUUUGGAUUUUAACUAUUCUCAAGACCAAGAGAUGGCAUCUAAACCUUUGGAUAUUCAAGUUUUAACCAGUGAAUCAGGAUGUCUCUGCAUAUGCUGUAACCUUGUUCCUGUUAGUCCUGAAGAAGUAACAUACUCCGUGUCCUUUUUACAUAAAGGUUAUAGUAAAAUGUACACUAUUACUCUGGAAAGAGGGGAUUCCUCAGAAGUGAAAGAUCUUACUUUUUUAAAUCUUGACUAUUAUGUGGCUGCCUACUUACCCGGACACUUCCUGCAUCUUCUCAACACUCGGCAUCCUGACCUGAUGUGCUAUAACUUCUUUCUAACAGGUGGGAAUGCAAAAAUCAAUAGCUUGCACACAAAUGCCCUCCUUUCCCCUCUCAAGUCAAUGGUCUUGGAUCGCAGCACAGGAAGCAUAUUUACUGUUGAAAUAAACAGGCAGGCCUUGCUGCAGUUUCUGUGGAACAGCAAGCUGGAUAACGACAGACUGGCAGCUCUUCACUGUUUACUUCUGUAUAUUGGAAGCACUAAGGAAUUGGAAACCCAGAUUAUCCAGUGGAUUAUUGAGAACACAGCCACUUGUUUUACAUUUGACCCCAUACAGGAACUUAUCAUUGCUUCUUUGUACUGGAGAAUGUGUCUGAAGGCCAGCAAACUGGAAAGCGUUUUACCAUAUACACCACUGCUGUACUGGAAUGAGGAUAUCCCUGGAAUCGUAUGCAGAACACACAUUAUCUCACUACCUGUGUUAAAGGUACAGAAGUGCAAAGGCUUCUGGGAAAAGCUAGGUUCACGCUUGGAAAGCUCCAGGUGUUUUGACCCACAAAUGUGUUUCAACAGCAAGCUGCUUAGGCUGGAACGGGACAAACUGCUUUCAGAUGAGAGAACUGAAGAGAGAACAACAUACACGGAAAGCAUGCUUGAAAACGCAAAGAAAGUGUUUUCCAGCUUGAAUAAAUGGAACACAGAAGAAAAUAGGGUUCCUCUCUUCCAGGAAGAAGAUUACCAGCAACAGUUGCUAACAGGACUGAUGGUAGCACAGUUGAAAGAUCACCUCACAAGGCACCUGCAGCAUGUUGGCAAAAAGAAGAUUGACCAAAUAGCUGUGGAUUAUGUUUCGAAAUCGCUGGAUCUAAUAUGCUUGAUAAUGGAGAACGUUUGGAAGAAAUACAGUCUUGGUCCCUGGAUCUUCUCAUGUAGGCAGGAAGGAAGAUUGGAUGAGAUGGUCGUAUUCUGUAUCAUGUGUCAGAUUCUACAGGCCACCAGUGGAAUGUGCAUGCCUUUGCCUCCUGGAUUUCAUACUCUGCAUAUAGCGCUGGGCAUCCAAUGUCUCCCUUUGCAUGCACUCUUGCAUUACAUUGACCAUGGAGUGCUACAUUUGACGGAGAAGUGUGUAAUGAAACUUUUGAAAGAGCUGGACAACACCGAAAAGAACGAAAAGCUCAAACUGAGUGUCCUCAUAAGGCUUCCUGAGGCAAUUGGUCGUCAGGUUAGUCAACUCUGGAAUCACCCUGUAAGCACCAACAGUAUUGCAAGGAACUAUGUUAAACUCUUGCUUGAGAAACUCAGCAAUAAGCAGUACAGUAUGUUAGUUAUGGAGAGUUCGAUACCUCAAAUAGAGUUUCUUCCGCUUAACUACUUGGUCAAUAUGUUGGCAGAGGUGGAGAGUCAAGGAUGGAUGACUUCCGUGGCACAGGAUGACAUGAAUGCAAGAUGUGUGGAAGCAUUGGCACUGAAGCACACAACUCGACUCUUAGGUCUUUAGUGAAACUU